AUGUCUGAUAUAGUUAUUUAAUCAGAUCGUAAAACAUUUUCAUAUGAAAUACUUAGAGAAUAUUCCAUCAAAUAAAAAGAAUAUUGCACAGCAUUGGCUAUAAAAAAGGAUAAUUCAUUAGUUUUGGCAACGGCCGACAAAGCUAUAAAAUGUUUUUAAUUUAGAUAAGGAUAACUUAAAUAAUUCCAAUAUAUGAAUAUGUUUAGAAAAGAUAUUACAACACUUAACUUAUUUGAAAAUAAAUCCUUAUUCAUAAUUGGUUCAAUUGAUUCAUCUAUUCGAAUUUCAUCCACUAAUUUAAUUUCCUCUUCUAAAUACAUUCAAUAAUUAGAUGGACAUUCAAGUUGGAUUUCUAAUAUAAUUAUACAUCCUAUAGAUUAAGAUGUUAUAAUUUCAAGUUCUAAUGAUAGUUCAAUAAAAGUAUGGUAAAAUAUUUAGAAUUGGAUUUGUUGUUAAACAAUUAAAGAACAUAAAAAAGAAAUUAAAGGAUUAUCAAUAAAUUAAUAAGGUAAUUAAUUACUUUCUUGUUCUGAUGAUUUAUAAAUCUUUAUUAUGGAACCAAAGAAUUAGUAAAAUUAUUAAUUUUGGUAAAUAAUAUAGAAAAUUAAUGUUGAUUAAUCUGGUUAUCGUUUAUGUUAUAUAAAUGAUAAUAUUUUUACAUUUUAAUAGAAUUCUAGUAAUCAUUUAAAUAUCUAUUCAAAGGAUGAAAAUGAUUUUUAUAGUAAAACUGGAUAACUUGAAGUUGGAGGUGGUGGAUAAUCUUGUGAUUUUUUAUUUCCAUCUAUCUAUUAUUCUAAUAAAUAGAUUUUGAUUAAUAAAAAUGGAUGUACAAUUAAUAUUAUUAGAUAUUGUAAUUAAAUCAAUUUGAAUGAUGGGAAAAAUUGUUAAUUUGUUUUAGAAUAAACAAUAGAUUAUGGAGAUUAUUCAUAUGGACAUAUUUGGGGUAUGUGUACAUAAGAUUAAUAAUAUUUAAUAACAUGGGAUUGUGAUUCAUCAGAAAUUUAAAUAAGAAAAUACUAAGAAAAGUAAUGA